CGGAAGACGGAUAAUGAGAGAAAAAUCGCUGGCCAGCGAUGGCCGCGUAUCAAGCGUUAGUAUAAAUAGGUACCGCGAAUUCGUUAGCGGACGCAGUCCAGUCGGCACAAGCGCUCCGGUCGUGUCCGUUUACAUUUCGCGCGUCUUCCGGGUAUAUUCGAAAUAAUUCAACGCGCGCAUAUAUGUAGAUAUAUAAUCGAGAUAUCCGCGAAUCGCGCUACACCGUGUAAAUCGUGCCGAAACAUUUAAUAUACGCACACACACACAUAUAUAUAUAUAUAUUGUAUAGGUGUACACUGCAUGUUUAAUACCCACGUCGAAUAGUCUGUGAAAAGGUAUAAUAUCACAAUAAUAUAAUAAUAUUUAUCGACGGCACACUUUGCCGACAGUAGGCGCAGUAGCGAUUUUUCUUUCCCGUCCGUACGCGAAUUAGGGCACAUAUAUAGGAAAAAAAGAAGAGGGAAAACCCGUUGUUUUUUGACGUUAUAUCAAUAUUAUUAUUUUAUUCACUCCACCGCCGUCGCCGUUCGGAAAACCGAUCUCAGCUAGGCCGCCAUAAUCGCGUUCGGUAUCUAAACACAUUCGCUCAAAUUUCGUCGCAGUCACUCGCACAGUCGCCGUCACCGCCGCCCACACGCUGAGGACUCAUGGAAGUUACACGGUCGUCACUGUGGUUCCUGGUCGCGUUGGCCGCCGUCUUGCAACCAGCCCGACCUCAGACUUCCAAGCCGAACAUCGUUUUCAUUUUGGCCGACGAUUUGGGAUGGAACGACUUGAGUUUUCAUGGUUCUGAUGAAAUCCCGACACCCAACAUUGAUGCGCUGGCAUUCAACGGUGUUGUACUCAACAAUUUAUAUACUCAACCGGUAUGCACGCCGUCUCGAGUGGCACUGAUGACUGGAAAGUAUCCCAUUAAAUUAGGUAUGCAAGGUCCUCCGACAUACGGCGCCGAACCAAAUGGCUUACCGCUGUCUGAGAAACUGUUACCGGAAUACCUCAGAGAAUUGGGAUACACGACUCGAGCUAUAGGAAAAUGGCACUUGGGUUUCUACAAACAGGCCUAUACACCCACGCGACGAGGUUUCGACUCGCACUUUGGCUAUUACACAGGAUACAUCAGUUAUUACGAUUACAUACUUCAAGACGUCUACCAGAAUUUUGGCGAAUUCCACGGGUUUGACAUGCGACGAAACGACACUAUCGCCUGGGACGUGGCCGGAAAGUACGCCACUGACGUAUUCACCGACGAAGCUGUGCGAUUGAUCAAAGAACAACCAGCCGACCGGCCUCUGUUCAUGUAUUUAGCGCACGUGGCCGUGCACACAGGCAACAGGGGUAAGAAUUUGGAGGCACCACAGUCCGAAAUCAACAAGUUUAAUCACAUUUUGGAUCCAAACCGCCGAACUUACGCAGCUAUGGUGUCCAAACUAGACGAGUCUGUGGGUCGAGUAGUGGAGGCACUUACGGAAAAGAAAAUGUUGCAGAACACUAUUAUCGUGUUCAUGUCAGACAACGGGUCACCGUCGUUCGACAGUUCUGGUCGGGGUUUCGGACCCAACGUCGGUGUAACAGCCAACUGGGGUUCCAAUUUCCCGUACAGAGGUAUAAAAAACACACUAUGGGAAGGUGGCGUUAAGAGCGCGUCUUUUAUCUGGGCUCCACAAUUCCAGGAAAAUCCUCGCGUUUCCAAACAGCUCAUGCACAUCACCGAUUGGUUGCCGACGUUAUACUCGGCUGCAGGCGGAAAUGCGGGAUUUUUACCAAAAAAUCUAGACGGAUACGAUCAAUGGACAUCUCUCACAUUAAAUUUACCAUCGCUUCGUAAUUUCGUUUUACUCAAUAUAGAUGAAAAACAGCGUUACGCGGGUAUUCUCAAAGACAACUGGAAAUUAAUUGUCGGUUCCACGGCGAACGGGUCACUGGACGGGUUCUUCGGAGCGACCAGACCGCGGACCCCGUACAACGCGACCGCCGUGCUGUACAGCCCGGCCGGCCGCGCGCUCGCCCGGCUGUCCAACUCGCUGCCGUUCGCCACCGGCGGCACAGCGGGGCCGAUGAGCGGCGUCCGCGACCUGCUGGCCAUGCGGUACGAGUCGACGGUCCGGUGCAACCCGUCGCCCGAGGGACCGCGGGCCCGGUCGCCGUGCCCGGCCGGCGAGGCGUGCCUGUUCGACCUGGUGGCCGACCCGUGCGAGACCAACAACGUGGCCAAGAAAUACGUGACGGUCAGCGGUCAGCUGUACGAGGCGCUCAAGUACUACAGGCGGCUGCUGGUGCCGCAGACCAACCGGCCGUUCGACCCGGCCGCCAACCCGGCCCGGUUCAACAACACGUGGUCCACCUGGAUGUACUGAUGACCGGACGUCCGUCGCUGUAAACGUGCAUCACUAUAUUAUUAUUAUAUAUACGUAUUCCCCGCACAGAUUCCUCUGAAAAAAGAUUCCGGUAAAUCCACUUGAGAACAUAAUACGCAUUAAACGCGAAAAAUAACGGUCAUUAGACGCAUCGAUAUUUUAAAGUCUCUUAUUAUAUUGUAGAUGGGACGAAAAACCCGUAUUCUGUACGUUGGUGUUUAGUCGACGGUGUUUUUUUAACGCGGCGUGAUUCGCAGACUACUCUUUAAAUCUUCUUGAUAUCUUCCAAAAAACAUAUUAAUAAUGUUCUUUAAAUUCGGUACCACAAUUUUUUAGUACAUAAACUACAAGCAUAUAUGUAUAUAUAUAUAUAAGUAUCGUACUACACUGGAUUGCCAAAACGAAAUCCCUUGUAGCGACCCGUAUGGGUUGAAAAAAGAAGCUUAUAAGACGAUUAUUAACGUCCGCGAACAAACAAACCGGCUAUUGAUAAAUGCACUGUACGGAAGAUGUGUCAUCCACUUCGUAUUUUUGGUGUCUAUUUAGUAUCUUAACCUUUUGGAACUUUUCGGGGAAAUAAUAUGUGCGUAUAAUGUCCACUUUUGAGCAUUGUAUAGUUAAGCAUUUCUAUAUAGGCUCUCGUUCACGUAGUUGUAAUUAUUAAGCAUAUAUUUUUAUUUUGUAUAAUUUAUUAAUUAAUAUUAUUACACGUCCCUAUUUAUUGUACAUGCUGUAUGUCGGAUGAAUUCAGUAAUAAUACUUUUGAAUGUUUAUAUUGUUGUGUAACUUUAUAUAAAUAGCUAUAGGUACUAUCAAACGAAAGACAGAACGUAAAAUUGUAUUUUGUCGUUCAAUUUUGUAUAAUUUUUCAAUUAUUUAUUGAGAACUGUUUUCUUUGUAUUUUCAUUAUUUUUUAGGUUACUUUGUUGACAUUUUAUAUUUGAUGAUAAAUACCUAUGUGCCUAUAUACACGUUUAUAUAUAACUGAUAAACAGAUAGAUAGAUGCUUCGAGACUGCAGACUAUAAUAAUUACAAUAUAAUGUCUAUACAUAAUAUAUAAUAAUAAUUGCAUGCUAUGUUAUAAAUUUUUUCAAUUACACAUAUUAAAUAUUAUUAUUAUUAUCAUUAUUAUUUUUUAAUUAGGGAUAGAGGCAUUAACCAUAGGUCAUUAGCCUAUUAAGUUCAGGCCACUACGCUCGUUCAUAAAUUAUUCAUACGCAAUAGCCUUAUUAAUGCCUGUAAUUUUGCAAAUAUUGCACUAUAAUGUUAAUAUAAUUAACGCUAUGAUCUAAACUUUAGAUUCUAAACUGUGUGGGUCUUGGCUCGAUAUAUUUUAAUUAUUCCUUUUUAAUAUAACUAUUUUACUUUUGAUUUAAUGUUUCGUUCAAGUAUAGGUAAUUAUUUUAAACGUAAUAGCAUUAUUUUUUUUUUUUUAAAGAACUGACAAAAUUUAAUUUUAAGAUACAACACAUAUUAAUUUUUAAUACAUCUAUGAUUUUUAUAUAUAUUAACUUUGUAUUAUUUAUAUUAAUAUUAUUAUAUAGAUACUAUAGUAUUUAUUAUGGUAAUUCAAACCUGUAUGUUUGUCAGUAUAGUGCAAAAUUAAAGGAAAUACGAUUAUUGUGAUAAA